GUACUUUUCCCCCAAUACUAAUUGCUGUUGGAUAGGUGUGUAAUUUCAAGAAAAUUUGGAGGGCAAAUAGGUAUCUGUAUUUCUAUAAUAUUGACCCCUGCACUUCCCCUCCCACACGCACAAAAGAAUCCCAACAACACAUCUCUCUCCUCUCCGUCUCUUUCGAAAAAAUGGCGUCAGAUGGGAAACUUCAUGCAUUUGAGGAAGUGGCUAAGCACAACAAGACCAAAGAUUGCUGGCUUAUAAUCAACGGAAAGGUGUAUGAUGUAACUCCAUUCAUGGAUGAUCAUCCAGGUGGUGAUGAAGUUUUGCUUUCAGCAACAGGCAAAGAUGCAACAAAUGACUUUGAAGAUGUUGGCCACAGUGAUUCUGCUAGGGAUAUGAUGGAUAAGUAUUACAUCGGGGACAUCGACAUGUCAACAGUUCCCCUAAAACGUGCAUAUAUUCCACCAGAACAAGCCGCAUACAAUCAAGACAAGACUCCAGAAUUCAUUAUCAAAAUUCUGCAGUUCCUUGUACCCAUGCUGAUCUUGGGCUUGGCCUUUGCUGUACGACACUACACCAAGGAGAAGUAAUUUCAUCCAGUCGCACCAGGCCACCUUUUAUUCUUAUUUACUUAGUUGUUGAAAGAACACUUGAUAGUAUCUUGUUUUAGUUCAUUAUGGAAAUGCAACAACUUUAUGUGGUCGUCAA